CUUGAAAGAGGCUGUGUUUUGUUGGUCUGCGAUGAGCACAGAGGAACACAAUUUAAUUCAGGAGAGCGGAAGUUAGGGUGUUAUUUUGUAUCAGGGUUAACCUGAAACAGUUAGGCUGACCCGACUCCUGCGGCUAGCGGUGUUGCUUAGUCUCCUAAUUAUACCGGAAAAGAGCCAUUUGCGGUUUCAUCAUGGACUUGGAAAACAAAGUGAAAAAGAUGACUUUAGGGCAUGAGAUGGGAUCUGGCGCCCCCUGUCUGAAAUGCAAGGAUAAGUGUGAAGGAUUUGAGCUUCAUUUCUGGAGGAAAAUCUGUAGAAACUGCAAGUGUGGUUUAGAAGAGCAUGAAGUCGCAGGUAAUACAGAAGAAGACCGAAAAGUGGGGAAGCUGUUUGAAGACACAAAGUAUACAGGUCUUAUUGCAAAACUUAAGACAGAUGGCAUUCCAAUGUAUAAACGCAAUGUGAUGAUAAUGACUAGUCCAGUGGCAGCUAAAAAGGAUGUGUCAAUUUCCACUGUAACUUAUGAAUGGGCACCCCCUGUUCCACAGAAGGCCUUGGCUAUGCGCUAUAUGGAGAUGUUACCAAAAGAGAUGCAGCCAGUGGCUGGUUCAGAAGGUGCCCAGUACAGGAAGAAACAGUUGGCCAAGCAGCUGCCUGCUCAUGAUCAGGACCCCACAAAAUGCCAUGAGUUGUCUCCAAAUGAAGUGAAACAAAUGGAACAGUUUGUGAAAAAGUACAAGGACGAAGUCCUUGGUGUAGGAGACAUCAAGUUACCUGAUGAGGUGCUACCAAAGGACAAGGAGCAAGUCAACAUCAGCACGAGUGCCAAGUUAGCACCAGCAGCUGUUGCAACUGUGGGCGAGAAAGCAGCAGCUCAGAAAGGAUCCAGAUAUUCUUGCCAUCACUGUAAACUGAAUAUGCAAGAAGGUGAUCCAGCGGUGUAUGCGGAACGUGCUGGCUAUGACAAACUUUGGCACCCUGCCUGUUUCGUGUGCUUCAUCUGUAAUGAACUACUGGUUGAUCUGAUAUACUUCUGGAAGGAUGAGAAACUGUUCUGUGGCAGACACUACUGUGACAGUGAGAAACCCCGAUGUGCUGGCUGUGACGAGCUUAUAUUCAGCAAUGAAUACACUCAAGCUGAAGGCCAGAACUGGCAUCUGAAACAUUUCUGCUGUUUUGACUGUGACUGCAUCCUGGCUGGUGAAAUUUAUGUUAUGGUGGACAACAAACCUAUCUGCAAACCCUGUUAUGUGAAGACUCAUGCAGUGAUUUGCCAAGGAUGCCAGAAUGCCGUAGACCCUGAAAUGCAGCGGGUUACCUACAACAACUACAACUGGCAUGCUGCCCCUGAGUGUUUCCAAUGUUCCUGCUGCAGUAAAUGCCUCGUUGGGCAGAAGUUCAUGCCAGUAGAAGGAAUGCUGUUCUGCUCAGUGGAAUGCAAGAAGAAGAUGAAAACUUAAAUGCAAAAUGUUUGCUCAGUAUGCAGUUUGUUAAAGCAGACUGCAGUAUUUUGUGAUCCUACUGUAAAAUGUGAGAUUACUAUUCUGUGGGAAAAGAGAAGUGAGUAAUUUAUCACCUAAGAUGUUGGGGUGAGGUUAUGCAGAAUUGUUGUCAGUGCUAAAAUUCUUGCAUUUUCAUGUUUAACGCUUUAGUUACUGGGGUUACCAUAAUGCUUUACUUUGCCAUUUUACUUAAAUAGUGUAACAAAUUCAGUCCUGAAGCACAACUAAAACAUUUAUGUGGACUUUUAUUUUUAACUUUAUGGUCUCAUUUUCCAUUUAUAAUGUACGACUUGCACGGGAUUCGUCUUGUAGCUCGUGUAUGAUGGCAGACUAGUAGCAGUCACUUACUUUUCAUUUAUUAAGAAUGUGCGAUUAAACAUAGUACAAGGAGCAGGAUCAAUGGAAUAAAACGUCUGCAGUAUUGAGAAAUGCCAGAUUGUGUUUGGCCCACUUCAGUAAGUAUUGAUAAUCUCACCGCUGCUUUAUUUCAUUAGUAGGCAUAGGAGACUAAAAGGAUCACAGUUCUACUUUUAGCUUUGCACUGAUUUUUUUUAAUUGCAAAUAUUUUUUUGUAAAGAAAUUGUCUUCUAGGCAGCCUUUCAGCUUUUGUAUGCAUAAAACUGUACAACUCAGAAUAAAAUAAAGUGAUUGCUUUUUCCUCUCGUAA